GGCCUGGGGGAACCUGUUCCCCGGGGACCCGGCACCGUCUGGAAAGAGCCAUGGGUGAAAAGUUCCCCUCUCCUGCCAGGAUCCUCCUCCCCCGUCCAUGUUGGACCGCCGCCCUAUCUUCUCUUUGGGGUUCGCCUCAGCUUCAGCCGGAGCGAGUGGGUCAGGCCUGGGCGGCGGGGGGUGGCAGGGGAGCCGGAGCGCGAGGACCCGCGGACCGGCGCGCGGCGACUCGGGCCCCCGGCCUCGGUCUUCCGCUUCUGGGGGCUCAGCACCCGAGGGCGCCUUUCCCCAUCUGGACUUGAGAACUCCGGCUCAUCCCACCCUCGUCCCUUUAGUCCAAUUCCGGAAGCUUCUGGCCUCGGUUCCUGGACGGCUCUUUCCCCGGGGGCGCCGUGAGCCCUGGGUUGCCGCCCAGCUCCCGCUUCCUCCUCGAAGGCCCAGUGUGCUCUUCAAGUCUGUUUGGGAUGCGGGAGCCUUUGGGAACCUCGGCCCCCUCGCCCCCUGCGGCCGCGGCGGCCCCCUCGUAGGGGCUGGAACAAGCGCGCGUUUGUGGCCGCGGUUAUUAUUUCAGGAAGCAAUGACCUAAGGACGUCUUAAAUCUGUUCAAUGUGCCAAGUUUUAAACAGAUUCUACUUUACAUGUCAGCAUGACCAAGUACCGUUCAACAAAUGAAUACAGAAAGAAGAGGUAUUCAAUGGAGAAAGAAGCGAACACUAAUGAUUAGGGAAAAUGAACACUCAUUUUAGGAAGAAAUCAACGCUAAUGUCUUGCAAUUCAGCUUUUGUAUUUAAAGUGGAAAUGUAUCUUAUAAACCUGCAACUGCAAACUUGUUGAUACUGAUGAAUUAUACGAAGCCACCAUUUUAUAAGACAGCAUUUUGAAAUAUAAUCACUACAAUUUUAGACAUUUGUAAGGCCCAAAUUUAUGAUAAUAAUAAGCAAUUUUUGAAAAAUGUACUUGAUUCUAUAAAAAUGACAAUAAUUUCUCAUAAAAACCUUCAAAACACUGAAAUCUGAAACUCUUGUGCUUUAUAUGCCAGGGAAGGAAAACAUAAA